AUGGCCUUAGCAGCAUCUCCCAUGGCAACUCUUUUCGUGCUGACCAACAUCGACGCCUUCGUCAGAGAUUUUACACGCUGCUACUACCAGAUGCCACCAGCCCUCCAGGACCCUUCAGCCUUCCACAUCUUCACACAGUCGCAGAAUCGGCAGGUCAUAGCAGCCCUGCGACACGUUUCCCGAGCAGUCGCAGGACGGGACCAAGUUCAAGGCGAUGGUUCAGACACAUACCGACCGAUUUGGCGGGCGAUCGAGUGCAUAGGCCUAGCCGUCAAGAUCGCCCUCUACAAGCCCGACGACCUUCUGAUCGGCGGCAUCGUCGACAGCAGCGUCGUCGCCGGCCUAGCAACGGCGACACACCUAACACUAGGCCGCUACGCCGGCACCAGACGCUCGCUCGAGUCCCUGCUACAGCACAACUCAGGCGACGAUGCCGUCAUCAUGAUCCUCGACGAGGCCAUGGCCCUGCUGUCCGCCAUCCUGUCCAGCAACCGGCAAGACGCCCGGCGCGAGCCGCCAUGGGCCACCAUGGCCUCUUACAGGGUCGUCCUGGCUAUCUGGCGGUCGCUCAGGUGGGCAGCCUCGGAGAUGCGCGCGCGCGCAGCUGGGUCGCAGGCGCAGGCUCGCAGGAGGUUCGAGGCUCCUACCGUGAUCUUUCAUGCUAUCAUGGACGUCGCAAUGGAGGAGACAGCACUGCCCGGCCAGCAGGAUGGCGGUCGCGAGGCGGGUUUGGAAGGGCUGGACGCUCUGAUGGCUGCUUCUCCGGAACUGGGCGAGGCGUGCUUCACGAAAGCUGUGCUGGGGUUCUGGAAGAAGAGGAGAGUCUGGCCCAUCGGUACCUCCAUGGCUACUGUUCUCGAGGAGAUUAUUUCCGACGAGCGCUUCACAGCAAACUGCAAAGCCACCUGCUGUGCCGCCAACUGCAAAUUCGGCCCCGCCGAAUCCAGAGUCCUCUUCCUCUUCUCCUCCCCCCCCCCCCCCCAACUCCCGACCAUCCACCUCAUCCUCUUCUUCCCAAUGAAAGCCCCCCACAUGGAUCCUUUCGCAACCGUCCCACCUCCCUGUGCCGCGGCGGUGAAAUCGGCCCAGGACGUAUACAACAAGCUCAAGAACGCGUCUCCCGCCCUUGCCAAGGACUUUGAUACCAAGUACGACGCCUGGAGGAAGACAUGGUUCAGCAACAGUGAUCCACCAGAUUCGGACACCCGAGCUAGCGGGCCUGAGUUUGCUGCUCUUGUUGCGCUCGGGCCAAAGAUCAUGCCAUUUGUGGUAUACAGGUUAACCAGGGGAAAUGACUUUAUGGCUGUUGUCCUCUGUAUGCUUGCCGCCAACGACAUCAUUAACAUGGGCCUAGAGCGCAACACAGACAUCCGAGACGCCCUGGACCGCUGGGCCGAGCUCAGGGACCAGCGUCAAAAGUACAGCAGCUCGUUCCACUUCUGUGACGGCGAGGGAUACUGGGCUCUGGCCGCCAUGGGCCCGAGCAUUAUUGCCCAGGUAAUGCUUGAGUACUACGAAGACCAGUACGGCUGGUGGCACGAGCUGCUGCACGAGCUCGUCCACGGCCGGGUCUCGGGGGCGGGUGUCUUCUUCAAGGACGUCCUGUUUGAGGAGUGGAAGGAUUGGUUUGAGCACAAGGACCACCGGGAUGCGCCGCAGGGGGCGGACAAGCGGGCUCGGAGGGGGCAUGGCCCGACUGAUCGGUAA